UUCAACACUACUAUAUAACAAAUAAUUUGAGAUGACAAGUAGUGAUAAAAAGGAUGAGAAGAAGAAUACCAAAGAUGGAACAAGGGUGUUUAAGAAAAUGUGCCUAGAUGGAAAGAUAUCAACAUACAUUGGAACAAGAGAGUUUGUUGAUCAUGUUGGGCACAUUGACCCUAUCGCGGCCGUUCUACUCAUCCAUGAGAUGGACUGGUUCACAGAAAAUAAAGAGUAUAAAGUAUACGCUGAGAUAACUGCUACCUUCCGUUACGGACGCGAUGACUUAGACGUGUUAGGGAUUAACUUUAAGAAGGAUCUCUACACGGACGCAAUGCAAGUAUACCCAGUGAAAGGAGUUGCCUCGUGUACCACUAAAAUACAAGGGAAACUCCUCAAAAAGCUAGGAUCCGAGCGGGCUUUUCCUUUUACCUUUGAUUUGCCGGCUGGUAUCCCAAGUUCAGUGACACUGCAACCUGUAAAGAACGACACCAGUAGUAAACCAUGUGGGGUGGAGUACUGCCUAAAAACUUACGUCGCUAAGGACAUGCACGAGCCCCCUGAUAGAAAGCAGGUUGUUGAUCUGCUGAUAAAGAAGAUAACCCAUGCUCCUGACACUCAGGCUCCUCAGCCCUACAUCGAGUCAGCUAAGAACUUCAUGAUGAGUCCCAACCCUUUACAUGUGGAGGCUAGACUCGAUAAGGAGCGAUAUAUACACGGUGAACCGAUCUACGUUCACAUAACGAUGGGUAACCAGUCGACGAGAGCAGUGAAAAAGCUAAGACUAUCCGUAAAACAAGUGGCUAAUAUCUGUCUCUUCUCCAAUGCUAUCUACAAGUGUACAGUCGCUUCCGUUGAACAUGAUUUAAAUGUGCAGCCGAGCCAGACGAUCGCCCAAACCUUCUCAAUACGACCUCUCCUCGAGGAUAACCGAGACAAAAGAGGGUUAGCUCUGGACGGUCAGAUUAAGAGUGAGGAUACAAACCUUGCCUCAUCAACCAUAGCGCUACCCAUCGCGAACAGAGAAGCACUGGGAAUAGUGGUGAAGUACAUCGUGAAGAUAGAGUUAUUUGUAUCUAUGGGAGGAGAGUUGAAGCUGGAGUUACCGUUCACACUGUCCCAUCCUAUCCCUGAACAUUACGAGGAAGAUAUGGAGCCCCCUCCUCAACCCACCGACGCCAACGCCGACAAUAUCAACCUAGAACUAGAUGAAACUGGUGCAUACAACAACACCUUGUUAUCGGCCCAGGCAGAUCACGACGACCCCCUGAUCGACCUGGAAGCAGCGCCGUUACAUGACGGUGGCGCAAACAGCAGCACCGGUGAGACAGCACAACCGUCCUUGCUGUAAAUCAUGUGAAUAACUCCCCUGAUCCGCGCACUCGCGACCAAUUACUGAUCGACUUCGAAAGUGACACGUUGACUUCAAAAGAGACUGACGCUUAGUUACUCUAUUUUUUCCUUCAACCAUCUCCUUCCCACUGAUCAUCAUUUUACUUCUCGGGCCAGGGGUGCAUAUUCUGAUUAUAGACCGAAUCAUGUACUGAGAAAUAUUAGGAGUGAGUUUUAGUGUUGAGUUUUACUGCAAGCUACGCGAUUCUAUUUUUCCAUCUAUAUAUUUGAUAGAAAAUUAUAUUGGUUGCAGUUUCUUUUUACUUGGUGCCACUAUUCCCGUGGCUUGGUUUACGGAAAUCAGAUCGGAAUAUGGUUUCGGUUUAUUUCUUCUGCUCUGAUUUGGAAACGCAACAAGCCAACCGGAACAGGUUCAACCUUUCUAUUUUAGAUACAGUCCUCUUUCGGAUAAUCUUAAUCAAUUUAAACACAAAUUCGAAUGAUCACUUUAAAUGACUUUAUGCUUAAACAUAGCGUUUAUGGCAUGAUCCUAUUAUGGUAAUUAUUGAGAGACAUAAAGGCCCGGUUGCGGUUGGCUACUUUGGUUUAUUUCACCUUGAUUGCUGUUUUUACCAUCAUUUUAUGAAUAUGAGAAGGACUUAGAACACAGACUGAAUAAGUUCUAUUCUGCUGUUCGGUUCUGCGCGCAGCACUUUUCGUGCGUGCCAGGAACGCGCAGCAUAAGACCUAUCAUUCUGACUUCUGUCGACAUACUAUAAUCAUAUAAUGUUUGUUACAGUCCGACUUAUUCGCUUAGAGUUAUUUUACUCCAUCAUCAAUAUUUCUGUUGGUGAUUUUCAAUUUUAAAAGGCUGGACGUUUAUGUAAAUUAGAUGAAUUCGAUCAUCAUUAUCAAACUCAAAGUCAAAGGAUGGAACGCAAUUUUAUAUUCUAUCGUAAAGUCAAAAUAACAUCAGUGCGAAAUUACAUUUGAAUAUAUUAUAUAUGCUGCCAGUUUUACUAGAUUCGGUUAAUUCAUUAAUUAAUCGAUUGAAAGAAUCUGAGAUAUAGUUAUUUCUGUAAAUAUAUGCAAAGAUCAAGCAAUGGUAAUAGCGAAAUUGUGGUUACACCAAUUUGUAAAUUGUCAUAAUUAGGGGUCGCUGACCCCCUUGCUUUACAGUUAUUUAAAAGAACUUGAGUGGGAUUUAACAAUGCGAUAUAUUUCGAAUUACAGAGUUUGAUUGUCGUUGAUGAGCCUAAGAGAGCUUAGCCGUUCAUUGGGGGAGAAUUUUGUUCUUAUUUUGAAUCUUAGCGAAGUCAAUCUUUUAAUACUUUUAGUGAUGAUUCGAUUACAAUUUUACUUCAAAAUGUUUCGACACUGACUGGUUUAUCUUUGAGCUCCAUUGAUUUUGCUACGGCUACUUUGGGAUAGUUGCUGGUAAUGCAACAGCGAUUUCUAUCUCAAAUUGAGGAAUUAUGUGUUCACCGCUUAACUUUUGCUAGUUUUACCUUCCUAGAUUGUUCUGAAAUUUCAUUGGUGUUUGAUUGUAUAUAUCAAAGAAUCGGCAUCAUUCAGCGGAAUAACAAGAGUUGAAUUUGAUUGCUAUAUUUGUAGAAUGAUGAUAUAAUCAUAAUUACUAUUAACGAAACUAAUUUGCCAAUUGAACGAAUUUUUGAACUGAAUAUUUGUUAUACCAUCAUCAAAUUUACGAACUGCAUGUUCACUGUUCAAUAACGAAUAAUAAUCAUUUAAUUUUCAUUUGAAAAGUUAGUUUUUGAGCAAUUCACUGUGAGAUCAUAUUCGUGCAUUAUUAUUAUUCAAAUUGACAUUUAAGUUUAGCCGAUGGUUGCUUAGAUAGAUGUUAGAUCUUCGAUUAUUAAAAAAUGCAACUACGAAAUUAUAUAUUUUGACUCCUGUUCUGUUAUUUUAAUUUUAACUAUUUGAUCCAAACUAAAAAUCUUGA